UUCUAUGUUCUUUGGUUGAAGCCAGAGGAGGAAAAAACCCGGAAAAAGCGUGUUGAUCACCUGACCAGUAGUGGAUGCCCAGUGUUUUUGACAAGUUUUCGAUUUAUAUAUUUCUUUUUCCUUCAUUUUUGUCCUCCUAUCCUGCACUUAACGGAUCUAUUAACUCAGCAGCGAAUUCGACCAAACUCGCGACUUAAUAAUAUUAACCGAGACAUUUUAUAUAAUAAUUGCACAUUUCAAGUGAAUAAUCUUUUUUUUAUGUGAACAUUUUCAAUGUUUUCUGGAUAGGCUAACAUUAAACCGUCGUGUUUUAUAGUGGAGUGUGUUUAUUCGAGCUGACAAGACUUUCAUAUGUUUUCCAAGCAUAAGCUAUAAGCUGUUUUAACAAUAAACAAAUUGCAUUAAAACCAGACUACUCUGAAUAAGUUAUGGGAUAUGGCUACACCAGAGCUGAUGCUGAGCCUUGGAUUAAUUGAGAAAGAUGUAAAUGCAGACACUCUUUGGGUUUGGUGUUAUCCUUCCAUCGAUGCUGAUCUUCGAGAAGUGAUGUUGAGAAAAUGCUGCUUGACGUUGGACAAUCAGGUACUGCACACGUUUGUAUUUGGACAGUUCUGUCGGACGUGGUACUACAUCACCACUGUCGAGGUCCAGGAGCCCACUGUACUUAAAAAGGUGACACAUUUCUCUAUAGUUGUCACAGCGAAGGACUUCAACCCUGAAAAAUAUGCUGCGUUCAGUAGAGUUCUGUGCAGGACAUACAUGAAACAUGGAAGUCCUGUGAAGAUGAUGGAAGGCUACAUUGCUGUUCUGACUAAAGGGAUAUGCCAGAGUGAUGAGAACGGCUCUUUCCUUAUUAAAGAUUACGAUGUCAGGAAAGCCCUCCUCGCUGGCUCCUUAAAAGAUGUUGUGUCACAGUUUGGUAUGGAAACCAUCAUCCUAUACACAGCACUAAUGCUGAAGAAACGAGUGGUAGUGUAUCAUCCACGAAUUGAGGCACUGCUGGAAUUCACAAGAGCUCUUCCUUGUCUAGUGUGGCAUAGGAAAGAUUGGUCCAUCCUUCACCCUUUUGUUCACCUUGAAAAUGAUGAGCUGGAAAACCUCAAGGUCUGUACAGGGUAUGUGGCAGGGUUUGUUGAUCCUGAAGUCAAAGACAGAUCAGACUUGUUCGAUGUGUUUGUUAAUCUUCCAGACAGUGAGAUUACUGUUUCACAAAAUGCCAAAGAGGCAAUGUCUAUGGGGAAACUCCAUAAAGAGAUCGGCAACUUCAUUGUCCAGGCUGCAGAGGACGCUGAUCGUUCAGAUGCGCAGGUUAUUAAGGAUAUUUCAGUCAAAACUAAAGAGAUCCUCAGUAACUUGAUGUCUCUCGCCGACCAUGCAGACAACUCUAAGCUGACUUUGGAGAGUCUGAAGCAAGGGCACUAUCCUCCAGCGACUGAGAACUUCCUGUUUCACUUAGCAGCGGCUGAGCAACUGCUGAAGAUCUGACCAGUCGCUCGAUCCCACAGGCAUGUGUCACAUUCAGGAAUUUACCAUUCACAGUGAGAUCACAUAUUGAACUGGAACAUUCAAAACAAUAUUUGUCCAAUAUUGAACAUGUGAGCUGGUUAUAUAGAAAUAUAAAGACAUGCAAAAUAACUAAAAAUAGUCAUGUGAUCAAGUUAAGACACCCUAUUAAAUUAUAUUUCUUUUCAUAUCAGGACAAUAAAGAUUAUCUUAUCUCUGGCAGAGGUCUUAAAAUUUGGAAAAUAAAACCUCAGAUGAACAACAACAUGUAGUAUUAACAGAAGUCAGGCAUGGCUAAUCAAAUGCCUGAACUGAUCAUUAGCUUACAUUGGGGCCUUCAGGUGUGUUAACAAUACACAUCUGAGCUAAAAUUAUAUCAUGCAACAAAUUAAUGAUCCCAAACAAACCAGCAAAUCGACAACAGUAAGAAAAAAAAAUCUGUAUUUUGAGGCCUAAUCCCAAUUCUAUUUUUGUACCCCUUCCCCUUCCUCUUGGCCCUUGAACGCGAGUGUGAAGGACUUCACUAUUGUCACCUUGGGCUAGCACACCUGGGCACACCUAGGCUAGCUAAUCAUCUCCUACUAAGCUUUCUAGAAACAUCCUUGCAGGUAUGUUCAGGCAAGGAGCUAAAAUCUGCUGGAAUUUGAACCAGCUUUAUUUUGUUAAAUACUGCAAAUAAUAACAUGGUGUGAAGAACAAGUCAUGUGACACUGUUCAUAUGAGGAUUUAUCUUCCAGAUAUUAAUUCCUGCCAAGGACUAUGAAAACCAUGAAAUUCAACAGGGUGUCCUAAUAUUUCCAUGACUGUUAAACACGGGUCUGUUUAAGAAUUAAUGCUGAAUGUGACAUUUCUAAUCAUCAACACAGGUUUGAUUUUUGAAACUAAUAAUAAUCUCAAACCUUUUGGUAGCACUUUGAUCUGAAGUAAAGGAACAAUUUAUACACAAGCAUUCCUGAGGUAUCUAAUUAAGUUGUGCAUAAUCAUAGUUUUGCAUGCUGUUUUAACUUUUGUAAGAUUUAAACAUUGCACAUUGAUGUAAAAGGGCUCACAGCUGCUUACUUCAUGCAUAACUAAAAGACAUUUGUUGAACUGUAAAACAAUAAUAGUGUUGUUAAUGGGGUAUAUGCACACAGACUGCUAGCCCAAGCGCUUCCGGUUGAACUGUCGCGCCAUUACAGAGUUUCCACAUUUAGGAUCUGAAAGCUUGAAAGACCAGUGGUCUUCACUGCCUGAUGAAUAUAUGAUAUAAAGUGAGUAUCAGACCGGGCAAGAAGCACUGCAUUAAAUUCAAUUUUUUCAUGCCAUGUCUUGAAAAUAUGGAAAUUUAUUUUACCUAUGAAUUUGUGAUAGAGUUUCUGCCUGCUGCUACUGACGGUGCUAGUGUUCACAUGGUCUUUCAUCUCAUUUUAGGCUUGAACAACUGAAUGCUUACGUCUAUUUAACGGAUUAUAUUUUAAUUAAAAUACAACAUCAAUGCUGUAAAAGGAAGCUUCGGAAAAUAGCCACAUAAACCUUUCACUGGAAGUUCAUCAUCAGCUGAAAAACAGUAGCUGUGCAUAUAUCCCUUUGUUAAUUUAACAUAGAAUUGGGUUGCAAUAAAAUCAGAAUGUAAAGAAAUUGAAUCCUGAAAAACCAGAGUGCCAAAAUGUUAUGAUUUUAAUUAACAAUCUGUUGGUAUAAUCAUGUAAAAUUACUUUUUAUUAAUGAAUAGUGUUUGAAAGUAUAAAUAUUCAUUCCUAAUUUUCCAGAUUUCUAACUUUAUUCCCACAUUUUGCAUUUCCAUUGAGUGUCCAUAAUAUUCACAUUUAAAUUCCUUCAUGUUUUUUGUUUAAUCUACUUAAUGUUAAUCCCCUUGUAAUAAACUACUAAUCUAUGUGCCUAAAAAGAUCCUAAAAGACAUUCUGAUCAUACAUGCAAUAUGUCUUACAAUAUAUGAGGAUGGUCAGACUCUACUUAACUCUGACAUUGUUGUUUCCUCUGAUGUUUGAAUAAAUGUGAACAAAUAAUAUAUUUAACAUGUCCAUGAGUGGAAAAAGGGUAUGGUGAGGUGAUGAAUGUUUAAGUGUCUUUUAGUAUUAAUUGUGAAGAUCCAUUUCAGUGCAGUGCUUAAACCAUUUUUAUCCUGAAAUGCAGCUAUUAAAUUAAAACAGAUUCAAAAACA